AUGUCCAUGAAUGCAUCACGCAUAAACUAUCUUCGCAACCACGGCACUAGUCCACACACGGACACGAUGACAUACGAAGACAUGGCAUUGGAUAUCGAGAAGUACCUGAAAGACAAUGGCAUAUCUCAAGCAGAUAUCAUCGGACACAGUCUG